ACUAUGCCAGAAGCUCUUCAAGUAGUCAACAUCAUGGAAAAAAAAAAAGGGAAUUGUUUUAAAAGCAAAAGAAAGCAAAAACUUACCAAUAUCAAGGAUGAACCUAACCAGCCACCACAUACUAUAACCAACAAUAGCCUAGAACUAACUCAGGUAGAAGAAAAUUGCAAAUGGUUAUUGAAAUUUAAUGGCAAAAUCAAUAGUCACUCUGCUUGGAUCCUUUUUGAUAGUGGAGCGUUCCACAAUUUUAUUGACAAAGAUUUUGCCACCCGGAAUAAACUACCAUUAAAAACUGUUUCUCCCUUAUCAGUUAAAUUAGCAGAUGGAAGCAAAGCACAAAUGGAUAAGACAUUUAACAUAAAUAAGUUAGAACUAGGUUCUUACUACACUUCCGGGAUAUCAGCACAAGUCUUGAAGCUUCAAUGUUACGACACCAUUCUAGGAAAACCAUGGUUGUAUCAUGCCAACCCCAACAUCAAUUGGAGGAAAAAUACCUUGGUUUUCCAGUAUGGGUCCAAAGUUAUUGAAGUCCAAGCAGACUCCUAG